AUGCAGGGAGGUCUGUUCUGCAGGACCAAAGUUAGGCCUCGUCUAAUUAGUCCAGCCGCUCUGAUGACAAACACGAGAGGAGACUGUCCCAGGAGGAGAGUGUCCGUGGAGUUCUCUAAUGGUGCAGAGACCUUCUGUCCCACGGCUCUGUCCCCACGGCCGCGCCUCAGGCCUCACUGCAGCCAUCUGCCAGUGGGGGGUGUUUGGACCACGCAGCAUGACCUGGCUGCCAGGGGAGGAUCCAGGGAGGGGCCCCGGGCCACAGGCCUCCUCCUCGCCCAUGCCCAGCAGGCCAAUCAAGCCCUAUCUGAGUGGCACGCAGCCUGGGACCAGGGGAGGGGGGAUGGGGGCAUGCAGGCCGCGGCCCCAUGUGGACCUCCUGUCCCUCUGAAGGGCUCCCCUAUCUGGCACGUCAGAGGUGAGAGAGCCACAUCAACAACAACAACAGCCACACAGCAGCAGCUGGAGAGAAGCCUGACCGGGACUCCCAGAGGCCUGAGCAGCCUGACCGGGACUCCCAGAGGCCUGAGCAGCCUGACCGGGACUCCCAGAGGCCUGAGCAGCCUGACCGGGACUCCCAGAGGCCUGUGUCCUGCACAUCAGACCCAGCUCUCAGCUCUGGGCUCUGGGGUCAGCUCAGACUCUGCCCUGGAGACUCUGGAUUAA